UUCUCGUGCAGUUAGCGCUGAUGUGGUAUUGGAGUUCACUGUAGAACUGGAGAAGAACAGCAGUGAUUGUAGUUAAAUAUUCAGCUUGGAUCUUCGCGCUGAUCUAGUUUAAUUAUGGUUUAUUAUCAGACCUGGGAAGAGUUCGCUCGAGCUGCAGAGAAGCUCUACCUGACUGACCCAAUGAAGGUCCGAGUGGUCCUUAAAUAUCGACACUGUGAUGGAAAUCUCUGUAUUAAAGUCACAGAUGAUGCAGUGUGUUUGCAGUACAAAACUGAUCAGGCACAAGAUGUAAAGAAGAUUGAGAAGCUGCAUGGGAAGCUGAUGAGAUUAAUGGUCUCUAAAGAGUCCCACAGCGCAGCGAUGGAGACGGACUGAAUGACUGUAAAGGACUUAUGAACAAUAUAGCUCAUAGAAUUUAGAGGCCCUGUGUUUUGAGGGUGGAAAGAUGAAAAGGCCAUGAUAUUUAUUUUCUGCUUUUGGACUUAUGUAUGUUAUUAGUCAAUUUCCCUCAUGUGUUUUAAAUGGCCUAUUAUUUUCAAGUAAUAAGUCCCAGCAGGUACAGUUUUAUAUACCCAGACUUUAAGGUUUUUGCUCAUGUUUACUCGACCAGACCCUGAUUACAAAGUAUGUCAAUAUUAAGUACUAAGAAAUAAAUCCUUAUUCUUUUUUGAUCUUUUUAA